UAGGUGCGACCCGAGGCGGCCUUUGACGAAGGAAGUGUUCGUUCACACAACACCAAUCUCUCCUCUCCCUCCUCCUGAAGGACCCAGAUAGGGAGCAGGUGUCCCCUCGCGCUACACUACCAGCAAAAAGCUGUAAUGCAGGAAAAGGUGCACGAGAAUCAAUCUUGGUCUCCGUGUCUUCGAGGCCGCCGUGCCGUGCCAGGCGCAGAGAUCAAUAGGCUCGCGGUAAGUCGUUGAGUGCUGGAAUUGUGAACGUCUAGGAGGGCGCAGCAGCACGGUCUCUAGGAAGACCUUCUGAAAGAGUGCCGUCUUCCUGCUUGCGCGAUGUGUGACGGCAGCAUCAAAGGGAUGCAGGUAGCCGUGGAGGAAGAAGAGGGUGAGCCGGACCGAAAUGAAUGUGAGUGUGGUUACAGGACAGAGCUGCUGAGACCCCCACGGACGAGCACGCCACCAAUGCGAAGUAAGAAGAGAUCGCACGUUAAGAUACGCAAAUAGAUAAACAUAUAAAUCUGCGGAGCUAUAAGGUAGCAGGCAGCAAGCAAAAAUCAAUAAGCAGUGACCAAUGUGAGUUCAAGGCGUAUGUAUAUGAAUGUAUGUAUGGCUUGGGAGGGCUUUCUUUUUGUUGGAGAGAAGGCGCACGACUGACUGAACGGCACGCAGGGGGGAAGGGAAAAAAAUAAUGAGGAAUGAAGUUCGCAGGAUGCUUUCCCG